GGAGCGCGGCGCGGCGCGUGGGUAGGAAACGCCGCGGCGGCGGGGGAGCGGAAAAUGGCGACGGCCGCGCAGCUCACGGACGAGGAGCUCUUCUCAGAGCUGAGGCGCUUCGGCUUCUCCCCGGGGCCGGUCACUGAGAGCACCCGACCCGUCUACCUGAAGAAGCUGAAGAAGCUGCGCGAGGAUGAGCGGGCUGGGGCCCGCAGCGGCGCCAGCAAGACCCGGAACAGCAACAACAAUAACACGGGGGCCGGAGCGGCGCCGGGCGGAGGCGGUGGCCCCGGGCGAGCGGCUCCGGGCGUGGGCGCGCGGCUGGUCGGCUCCGAGCACCCCUACCUCCCCGGGGCCGCCGCCGGGAGCGGCCGGAGCCGCGCAGCACCCCCUGCCGGGGGCGGCAAAGUGCUGCUGGGCUUCAGCUCGGACGAGUCGGAUGUGGAAACCAGUCCCCGGAGCCAGGCCGGCGCCGGUGGCGGCAGCAGGAGGGAGCGGGCUUCACCCCUCUUCCGCGGCCUGAGGCCCGCCGCCCCCCACGGCGCCGGCGGCUUGAGUAACAGCUCUGCUCCGGAGGAGGCGGCCAGGCGGAAGCCCAAUGCCUGGUGGGGGGCGGCGGCGGCCAGGAGGCCGGCGGCGGUGGCUCCGGGUGUGAGGGAGCCCGGGGACGGCCACGAGGAAGGAGAGGAGGAGGACGACGAAGAGGAGGAGGAGAGCGGGCAGCAGCGAUGGAAGAACCGGACCGUGAACGGUAACCGUUUCCUCUCUUACGGCGGCAGCAGGGACAAGUACUCUGACUCGGAGGAGGAGGAGACGACGUCGGGGACGAGGGCCAAGCAGCAGGUACCGAAGGAGGAGUCUGUCGUUCGCCGGCCCAGACGGAGCCUCAGCAAGUCUCCUGCUCCAUUCAUAACAGGCAAAUGCGCUGCAGCCGGCGCUGGCGUGAUGGAGACGGGCCAAGAAAGGGCUGGCGGAGGCUGCGGUGCUGGUGUAGUCGUAACGAAUGACAGGGCGGCGGCGGAGGCAGCUGCUGCCGGGAGUCUAGACAGGGACAGAAAUCAGGAGGAAGAGGCGGCGGCGGCGGCGGGGAGAGGAGGAGGGUAUGAAAAUCUGGACUCUAGUCCUUCCAGCCCCAGAUACCGCGUUGGCCUACCUAAGAAAACCCCUGCAGUAUCGCUGCUGCCCUCGCCGCCCACGGACGUGGACAGCAGUAAAAUCACUGACCCUCCAGGCACCAUUAGGAAAGCGACCAAUAAUCAUGUUCUCGGCGGUGCUGCUGGUAGCUAUAAUGUUGAAUCCAGGAUCUAUGCAGCUACUAAUAGCCUUUCCUCGGGUGGAACCACCUCCUCCCUUAGACUCAACCACUCCAAUCAUACGGGUUCAAAUCAUACCUACCUGAAAAACACCUACAAGAAGAAUCUCUCAGAGCCCGAGGAGGAGCUUCUCCAACAGUUCAAAAGAGAGGAGGUAUCCACCACUGGAGGCUUCAGUGCACAUUACCUGUCCAUGUUCCUCUUAACUGCUGCAUGCUUGUUCUUUCUGGUACUGGGAUUCACAUACCUGAGAAUGAGAGGUUCUGGAGUAGCUGAGGAUGUGGGAGCCAACAUCAAGAAUACCUUCAGUGAAGAGCUACAACAAAUAGAAGAAGCUGAAAUAAGUCUCAUGAUGAACAGCUUGUAUGCACUUCAUGAUAAAUUGGCACAAAUAGCAGGGGAACAUGAAUGUGGCAACUCUGUUCAAAGAAAUCUUACCAUCCAGGAGGCAGCUGCAUAUUUAAAAAAUUUAGAUCCAGAGUAUGAAAGUGUACUUAACGCCUCAUUACAGUGGAUCUUGAGUAGUGGGGAAGAUGUUGGCAUAAAGUGUCUCAGCAGUGACUCCAAUGAGAUGGAUGUCACUAAUGUGACAGAUGUGAAGUAUUUGGAAUCCACUAGUCCAAAGAUGUCUUUCAGGUGUCGCUUUCGCCGUGCAUUUGUUAACGUAACUCACAGGUUGUCAAUAUUGCUUUUGGGUAUAGCAGUUGUCUGGGGAGUCUUGCACUACAUGAAAUACCGCUGGGCAAAAGAGGAAGAAGAAACAAGACAGAUGUACGAUAUGGUAGUGAAAAUCAUAGAUGUUCUAAGGAGUCACAGCGAGGCCUGUUCUGAAAACAAAGACUUGCAGCCCUACAUGCCUAUUUUACACGUGCGUGAUUCUCUAAUACCACCUCAGGACAGGAGGAAGAUGGGAAAAGUCUGGACUAGAGCAGUAGACUUCCUUGCAGCAAAUGAGUCUAGAGUUCGCACAGAGACACGAAGAAUAGGUGGUGCCGAGUUCCUGGUGUGGAAGUGGAUGCAACCUUCUGCAGCCUGUGACAAGAUUUUACUAAUACCAUCCAAAGUGUGGCAAGGCCAAGCAUUUCAUCUAGAUAGAAGAAAUUCGCCACCAAACAGCUUGACGCCGUGCCUAAAGAUUCGCAACAUGUUUGAUCCAGUUAUGGAAAUAGGUGAUCACUGGCACCUAGCAAUUCAAGAAGCAAUCUUGGAGAAAUGCAGUGAUAAUGAUGGAAUUGUUCAUAUUGCUGUUGACAAAAAUUCCCGUGAGGGUUGUGUCUAUGUCAAGUGUCUCUCUCCAGAGUAUGCUGGAAAGGCUUUCAAGGCAUUACAUGGCUCGUGGUUUGAUGGAAAGCUGGUAACAGUAAAAUACCUGCGACUAGAUCGAUACCACCACCGUUUCCCCCAGGCUCUGACUUGUAACACUCCUCUGAAGCCAUCAAACAAACACAUGAACUCUAUGUCACACCUGCGUCUUCGGACAGGCACAACUAACGCUCAGGGAGGUUCCUGAGAAGACUUUCUCCAACUGCUAGGACUGUUACUUGCAACAGGGACUUUUCCUGUUCGGCUGCCGUCUUCCUUUUUUGUUUGUUUUAGUGCUUUUUUGGGGGUUGGGGGUUUUUUUGUAUGUAAUACUUUAAUGAAUUGAAAUAAAAGCUGGACCGUUCCAGAGAUCUUGUUUCCAAAGGGACUUAGCAAUGAGGCAGUAAUACUGAGCUAA